UCUAGUCUCAAGGUUACUGUUUCAGUAAGAGUCAUUAAGCUAAGAGACGUGACUCUUACUCAGAGACAUGUUUCACUUCAGGUCAAAAACGUUCUUGUAGCAUGUAAUUUAGGCAGGAUUUUGAUGGUUAUUUGUUGCUCUCUGUAAUAAAAAAAAAAGAUUUAAACAGACUUUCUUCUACAAACUACUAGGACAUUUAUCUGCUGGUGUUUGGCAUCAGGAUGGUGCAGAAGUCAGUGGUGGUGAGUUUGGCGUUGCUGCUAAUUGCUUCCAUCGCUACAUUUUUAGGUGUGUUUUUUGGAUAUAGGGGUAAACCUUCAGCGGUCAACACUGAGAGAUCGUACACACACGCGGCCAUAGCAGCAGACGCUGGGCCAUGCUCUGAAGUUGGCAGAGACAUUCUCCUAAAGGGAGGUUCUGCUGUAGAUGCAGCGAUUGCUGGGCUGUUGUGUGCAGGUUUGAUGAAUGCUCACAGUAUGGGUAUUGGAGGAGGCCUGUUCCUCACCAUCUACAAUACUACAACAGGAAAAGUGGAAACGAUUGAUGCGCGUGAGACAGCACCAUCUAACUCCUCUCGGGACAUGUUCGGGAAUAGCACUGAUCUUUCACAGAAAGGUGGCCUUUCCAUUGCUGUUCCUGGAGAAAUUCGAGGAUAUGAACUGGCUUAUCAGCGCCAUGGGAAACUGGCCUGGAAAGAUCUGUUCACACCAAGCAUCGAACUCGCAAGGAAGGGAUUUCCUGUGGGUAAAGCUCUUGGUCGAGCUAUUUACAGCAAAAGAAACAUGAUCCGGAAUGACAAAACUUUAUGUUCCGUGUUCUGUAACACAAAAGGAGAUAUCCUAAAGGAAAAUGACACAAUCACCUUCCUUAAGUUGGCGGAUACGUAUCAGCAGAUUGCAGAGAAAGGGGCAGAUGCUUUUUACAAUGGAUCGAUCGCAGAGAAUCUUGUCACAGACAUCAGGAAUGCAGGUGGUAUCAUAACUAUGGAGGAUUUAUUGAAUUACACUCCACUAUUGAAUGAAAAUCCUUUGAAAGUACAACUGAGGGAAUUUACAAUGUUUGUGCCAAAUGCUCCAUCCAGUGGCCCCAUUCUCACCCUCAUCCUCAACAUACUGAGCGGAUAUAACUUUAAUGCAGACAGCGUUUCCAACACUCAGGAGAAAAUACUCACAUAUCAUCGUAUAGUAGAAGCUUUCAAAUUUGCAUAUGCUAAACGCAGUGUUCUGGGAGACCCCAAAUUUCUUAACAUCAGUGACUUUAUACAGAACAUCACAGCUAAAAGCUUUGCUGAUUCAAUUCGGCAGAAAAUCGCAGAUAACACGACACAUAAUGAAAGUUAUUACGAACCUGAAUAUUUUCUUCCGGAAAAUCAUGGAACUUCUCAUAUUUCUGUAGUGGAUGCAGAUGGAAAUGCAGUUGCUGCCACCAGCACCAUUAAUCAAUAUUUUGGCUCCACGGUCAUGUCCCCAUCAACUGGAGUGUUGCUGAAUAAUGAGAUGGACGAUUUCAGUUCUCCUCUCAUAACUAAUGGAUUCGGUGUUCCACCUUCACCUAAUAACUUCAUCGUACCACAUAAGCGUCCCAUGUCAUCUAUGUGUCCUGCUAUUCUGUUUGAUAAAAAUAAUAAAGUUAAACUGGUGGUUGGUGGCUCAGGAGGGACAAAAAUCACAACAGCUGUUGCUUUGGUCAUAUUAAAUUCACUGUUCUUCAACUACGAUCUGAAGAAAGCUGUUUCUGAUCCCCGAAUUCAUCAUCAGCUCAGUCCAGACAUCAUUAGUUUAGAGCCAGACUUUGAUACGGCUGUAAUAGAGGGACUUAUUAAGAAGAAUCACCUGAUUGAGAUGUUGACAUCAAUGGGCGCUGUGGUUCAGGCGAUCCUGCAAGAGGGAAACCGUCUAUACGCCGAAUCCGACCCUCGAAAGGGAGGAUACGCUGCAGGAUACUAACAAACCUCAUUCUGUUUCCAAUUUGUCCAUGAUGUGUCAUAUCAACUGUUUAGAUUUUAUAGCAUGAGCGAUGUUCGAUUGAUCGGACUGUCACGUGACCUUCUGUCAUAGACGUGACAUGACAGAUUUUUUUAUGUUUAAAUCACAGAAUAAAUGUCUUUGUAUGUGACAAAUUAAAGUGAAAUUUAAAUGAA